ACAAACAGUAGUUGCACCGAAAAUGGACCCUUCCACGAUAAAGGACGUAGUUUUGAAUGUUCGGGAACCGGUUGUCCUGAAGGAUGUGGAAAUUCCUUGGUUUUGCUUCGAUCAAACGCUUCCGGAGUGGUUAAACCUUUUGGAUCAGUCGAACGACGAUGGAAACGGGUUUCUACUGGAUUGCGGCUCCCGGCGGAGCGGUAGAUCGCCGCAAUGGGAACGAUUACGCGGGCAGGUUCGAAAGAGUAUGACGGAUUUCUAUAAGGAAUCCACUGCGGACAAUGAUGAGUAUUUCCGAGAAAACUGGGCCUCCUACAGCUACCGGUACAUCAACGAGCUGCCUGAAGAGUGCCGCAAGGGGAUUACGUUCGACUGCUUCGGCUUUCCGGAUAUCGCCGAAGACAUUUCGUUUUGGAUAGGGUCUCGAGGGGCGCACACUCCCUGCCAUUACGACACGUACGGUUGUAACAUAGUGGUACAGGUGCACGGUCGGAAGCGGUGGUUGUUGUUUCCUCCGGAAGCGAAACUCAAACCAACCAGGGUUCCGUAUGAGGAGUCCAGCGUGUACAGCGAGGAGAAUUUCUACAGUCCGGAAGCGUACUCGAAGGUGAUCGGGGUUGAGAAUGAAGCGUUCCAUGUGGAUCUGGAACCGGGUAUGGCGUUGAUCGUCCCGCCAAAGUGGUGGCAUUACGUUGAAACGCUGGAGUUUUCGCUGAACUUCAACACGUGGAUUCAGUUGGAAAGUGAUCCAGAAGAGCAAAUUUCUGAAUGCUUAACGCGUCUUAUCAUACAGGACUACUCUAAAGGCUUAAAUCUACACAAUCUGAAUCACUUGCUGAAUCCAAACGAGAUGUCUUCCAUCGCUUCCACGCCACCGGACGAACUCCAGUCAACCCUAGGCUACCUAUUAAACCAACGACUACCCGAGAAGCGUUCACGUACAAAUCGACAUCCCUCAAACUACCUCCCGAUGUCCGAACUGCAGCGACUCCUAUCCACCCACAAAGACCACAUCAUCCCGGUUCAGAAGCUCCAAAACCACGAGUUUUUCCAACUGAUGAAACUGAACAGUCAACGAUACGAUCCCUCCCGGAACCGCUCCAGUGACGACGAAGAGGACAACCGACGGGCCACCAAUGCCAUCAACCGGACGUGCAAUCCGCAGCUGAUAGACCUGCUGAAAAGUUCCCUCGGCGAGUCUUCAAGCUAGGUCCUAGAUCUAUCGAUCGAACAGUGAAACGAUGAUACUUCAAUCAUUAGAAUUUUAUUGUUUCAAAUGGGUUUCCCUCCUGAAGCGCGCGAAUGAUGAUGAUGACGAUGAAUUGUACAAAAAACAGUUCUACUGGAGCUGAUUUAAAAUCGA